CAGAGCCGGGGAAGAACCCAGGAGUCCUACCCUGCCCCUCCCAUUGCCCCCCCACAGGAAGUGGUAGGAAUUCCCAGCCCCACGUGACUCCUCUGGAAUGUGGUGACGUCACCGAGGGGUCCAUUAAAAAAGUUUUUUGGGAGUUAGGAGAAAAAAAAAACUUUUGUGGGGAGAUCGGAGCUGGCGGGGUCUGGAACCUCCGGGAUCCUCCCCCCGCCCUCCACCGGGCCUGGGACCCUCCCCCGCCCCACGAGUGGGGCAGAACAGGAGAGGUUGGGACCCCCCCCCAGCUGGGAAUCCCCCAUCGGAGCCAGGUCCCAGAGAUGUCUGGUCCCACCUGGCUUCCCCCCAAGCAGCCGAGCUCUUCGGGCUCUCCCGGCGUCUCGGUCUUGGCUCCGGCGCUCUGCAAACCCCAGAAGAAAUACACCUCGGUCCCCGCGCCCCCCAGGCCGGCCCUCCAGGAGCAGAACGGGGGUGGCAUGAGCGGGCCGGGCUACCAGCCGGCGGGUCCUGGUAAAUACCCGUUUUCCACCCUCCCAGUACCCGAUUGGUCUGAUCCAGGUGGGGGCUUCCCGUCCCGUUCCCUGCCCUCUGGUUUCCGCCCCCCGGCUGGCUCAGAGUGUCAUUACCCAUCACCCCCUGGAGCCAAGGAUGAGCCGGGGGCACCCUGGGGUGGCCCCCCCUCUGCCGGACGCGGGUACCACAUGCAGGGGUCUGCCCUAGACCCAGGGCCCCACCGCCCCUCCAGCAUCGACGCCCAAAUAGACUCGCUCACCAGUAUGUUGGCUGAUAUGGAGAGCGCCGGCCCGCAACGCCGGGGGGAGAGGCAGAACUUCGACUCCGUCCCGUACCCGUCGGCCUCUGGCCCCCCGCAGCCCGGACCCCCCAAAAUGCCUGGCCCCUACAAGCCGGGCUCCUUCACCCCCAAGAACUCGCCCUACGGUCCAUCGCCCCAACCUGCCACUUCAACGGCUUCCUCUGGGCCGUCUCCCCAGUAUGGGGCUGGCUACCUGCGGGUGCCACCCGGGCAUAAGCCCUACCCGCAGCCCAUGCCCGCGUCCUACACCACAUCGGCUGGGCCGGCCUUUAACGUCCAGGUCAAAGUUGCCCAGCCAGUGCUCGGUUACGGUCAACCGAGGCAUCGGGCUGAGCAGGCCUAUGCGCCCCCCUCGCCCCGAGCUGGCCGCGGGGCCCAGUACGCCUUGGAGCAGGGCGCCAGGGGGGAGGAGGGCUGGUAUCUGGAGCCGGGGGGUUACGGCAAGAGGCCAGGCAAGGGGGAGAGCUAUGGGGCUGGGGGGCUGGCCAAGCCGGCGGAGGUGCCUGGGGGUCCGUACCAGGCUGCCACCGGGACCCUGGGCAAGGAAGAGACGGCGGUGACAGGAAAGGUGCCCCCUGGUGGUGGAGGAGGAUACCAGCACCAGGCCCCACCGAGCCGCCCGGAGGAGGAGCUGGACAGACUGACCAGGAAGCUGGUGCACGACAUGAAUCACCCGCCGGCGGGGGAGUACUUCGGGCGCUGCGCCCGCUGUGGGGAGAACGUGGUGGGGGACGGGACGGGCUGCGUGGCCAUGGACCAGGUCUUCCACGUGCCCUGCUUCACCUGCACCACCUGCCACGCCCGGCUGCGGGGCCAACCCUUCUACGCCAUGGAGCGGCGGGCGUACUGCGAGGCCUGCUACGUCGUGACGCUGGAGAAAUGCUCCAGGUGCUCCAAGCCCAUCCUGGACCGGAUCCUGCGGGCCAUGGGCAAGGCCUAUCACCCCCAGUGCUUCACCUGCGUCGUCUGCCACCACUGCCUGGACGGGGUCCCCUUCACCGUGGACGCCACCAGCCAGGUCCACUGCAUCGAGGACUUCCACCGGAAGUUUGCCCCACGCUGCUCCGUGUGUGGCAACGCCAUCAUGCCCGAGCCCGGCCAAGAGGAGACGGUCAGGAUCGUGGCCCUGGAUCGGAGCUUCCACAUUGGAUGCUACAAGUGUGAGGAGUGCGGGCUGCUGCUGUCAUCGGAGGGCGAGGGCCGGGGCUGCUACCCCCUGGACGGGCACAUCCUUUGCAAGUCGUGCAGCGCCCGGCGCAUCCAGGAGCUCUCCUCGAAGAUCACCACCGACUGCUGAGGGCUCGGGGGGCUCAGCUCCCCACCCACCCCCUGGUCUCUGCCCUGGGUGGGGGCUCUGUCUGCCCUCACUGCCAGCAGCUGCUUCAG